GUACGGAUGAACUAUGCAAUUGAGUAAAGGGAGGUCGUGUUUAACCGACCCGCUAAUUGCCUUGUCAGGAAACCCAGUAAAUAAACAACACUGGCACUCGACUGUGAUAGGUCCGGGACGCGAAAUCGCACCUGUCCUGUCUGCUACCCUCUCUUCAGAUCGUCAUAUCCUCGUCUCGCAUUCUGAGUGCACGUUCUGAAAUCAAGGCGUUGAGCAACAUCAUGGGGGACGAGUUGGAUCUCCCGGUUGCACUGCGGCGGGCGCGGCGAACCCUGGCCAAAAUCAAAGCAGCGGAGCAGACCUCAUCUGUCUUCCAGACGCGGCCCGCCCAAGACACCUUGGUCGUAAGCACGCCAAAACCCAAGAAACGGCGCGUCAACCAGGAAGCCGAUCAGCCAUCGGCGACGGGCUUGACGCCCAUGAUGCACCGGGCGCGGCUCUCCAGCAAGCGCCGGAUCCAGCGCACUGGCAUAACCGAAGAAAAGGAUGCCGUCGCUCCUAGGAGAAAGCAACGAGCUCGAGAUAUCAAGGACCAGAUUGAGCGGCUAAAGGAAGAAUUAGCCAGGAAGGACGAAGAGAUUGAAAGGUUGCAAGACGAGACACUGGUGCUUGACACUGACCGCAUCUUCGACUUGGAGCAGCAGGUCGCAGCUUUGACGACGGAGCUGGCUCGCCAUGCAAGAGGUCAACAAGGACACAUCAGCCGAGUUGGCCAUCGAGCGACAAGUACUGCUCGCAAUGCAUCUGAUGGAGGUUCCAUGCUGUUGGAUAUUGAAAAUGAAGUUGAGGAGCUUGGCGAGGUGGCGAGAGCAGAGAUCAUAACCAGCACGCCUACGAGGAGAAUAAGGGCGUCAUUCCCAACACCACCGAGUACCAGCCCUUCUGCGCCGGAAAUGCAGACUCCCUGCAGGCGACUAACUCGGUCACGCUGUGAUGUCGGCGUACAAAGCUCCCUUCCGGAUCCCGAGAAGCAGCGAGUAGAGACUGAGCUUGCAUCGCUUCAAUUCGAGAUGGGCAAGCUGACCGCGGAGUUGGAGUCUUACUCAGCGUUGGCCUCUCGACUUUCGGAGAAGCUCUCGCCGUUCUCUGUUAAUACAAAAUGCGAAGCCCAGUUAUCAUCAACAUCGCACUCAGAAAUCGAAACGCGCUUGACCGGUGUUCUGCAAACACUAUCUGACCAGGCCGCGGUAAUUGCAGAACUGGGCGCCUCACUCAAGAGCCUCGGCUUCAAGGGAUCAGACGCCUUCGAGGUUGUUGACUCACUGCGUACCCAUUUCCGAACCGCGCGCCUGGAGCUCGAGUAUCUCACUCCUGGCGAGAUCGCCCUACCACUGGCAGGCGCAGGCGCUGAAGUCCUCGACUUGUUCCUUUCCCGACUUAGGAAGCUCGCGCGGAAGAAGCGCGAGGCUGAUGAUUGCAUCGAGGAAUACCACGCCAUCGAGGUCUCUCUCCGGCAGCAGCUUUCCGCGCGGGUGGACGCCAUGGACAGUCUCGUCAAUCAGCUUCGCGAAUCCGAGCGCAGUUCCCGAGACAAGGACACUCGCAUCGCUGAGCUGGAAGUCCGUCUGGACGGCCUGAAGAGCGCAGUUAGCAACUAUACGCGUGGAAUCUCGGAAAUAGACCCCCUCACAGAGCGAAUCGAGACAGAGUUGGCGGCAGCCGACUCCCAGGUCGGCGGGAAGAGGCAAACAACAGAGGGCCAGACAUCCUUCACCGACCUCGAGACGAAGCUCGCCUCAGCCCUCGAGCUGAUCACGGCUCUCCAGUCUCAACUCACCUCCCUCUCAGCAACCCACGCGGAAGCGUUACAAGCCCACAAGAUCCAGGUGUCCAAUCUCGUCAAAUCUCAGGGAGCCUGCCUCGCCCAGCGCGACGCGCGCAUGGUGGAGCUCCGCGCGGAAGUACACCGGUUCAACGCCGCGUUGCUCGAGGCCCAGAGCGCGGUCCGUAAGUUAUGGGUCGAGAAUGCCCGCCUCGUGGCGGCGAAUGAUAGGCUGGUGGAGGAGAACAGGGAGGCGCUGAGGCAGGUCGAGGAGGGGCGGAGGAAAGCAAAGGAGAACGUGAAAGGCAGUGAUAGCCGAAAGAUUGGCCGCCUGUUAGUUGGGGAGAGGACGAGGUUAGGGAGCUGGGGGAAGAGGAAGAGAUACGAUAGUGGCUUGGGCUUUUGGAUGAAGAGGACAAUGAUGAGGUUUCAUGAGUAUAUUAACACAGGCAAGUUAUAAUUGGAAAGAAACCCUGAUUAC